UUCUUCGAGUGUCUUCGGAUGCUGUUUCAUUGGUGUCGACCGCGCAGCGUGUUCGAGCCGACAAGUGUGGUCAAUUUUAGGCAAAAAAUAACCCAUAGCGGCUGUUUUUAUGAUCGCAAAUGCUCAAAAUGUGCUGCGAGGUCGCCAUUUGCCGAAACGAGAUGCCGUCACGUCGUUCUUUAAAUGGUCUAGCAGCUUCGAAUGGAUGACCAAGAGAGCAAUGAAGGAGCCAGUAAUGUUCAGGAAGUCGUCAGCCUCCUGCUUACUCCAAACGUGACCUUGGACGAAGAUGUCGCGGUGGCAGCAGCAGAGAUAGAAGAAGAAACGUCUAACCAAGACCUGUGUGAUCCUGGAGGGGCUGAGGUUGCCUCGGCCGUGGCUACUCUUGGUCUCUCACAGGAAGUUGACCCAUGUGGCCUUGGAGUCAAACUGGAAGAUGGCUCGACGGCAUUUCUCCAAGGCUUAGAUCCCAAGCUUCUAGGUGGAACCACGCAUGCCAUUACCCUGGAGGAUGGCUCCACAGCUUACAUACAAGCUGGACCAAGGGGAGCCAUAGAGGGCCUCCAGGCAGUGACCUUAGAAGACGGCACAACUGCCUACAUCUCCACGACGACAACUGCUGAGCAGUUGUUCGGCUCUGAUGUGUCAGAGGCUACACUUGGGUUAGAAAGCAUUGCUGCUCAGGCUUCAGGCGAUAACAUUCAAGAAGAAGAGACUGGCGCAAGAUCUACAAAUAUUGUUCACAUUUCAAAUGGGGGCUCCAGCAGUGGGACGCCAGGUGAAAAAGCAUUUAUGUGUGCUUUUGAAGGCUGUGGCAAAAUGUACACUACACCCCACCACCUCAAGGUGCAUGGGCGCAUACACUCCGGUGAUCGACCCUUCAAGUGCCUGGUGGUCGGCUGCAACAAGAGCUUCGUUACUGGCUAUGGCCUCAAGAGCCACACACGCGUCCACACAGGCGAGACGCCCUACCGGUGCACACAUGACGGCUGCACCAAGACUUUCAAGACUUCUGGAGACCUGCAAAAGCAUGUUCGCACGCAUACAGGGGAACGGCCUUUCAAGUGCCCUUUUGAGGAUUGCAAUCGUGCCUUCACCACCUCAAACAUCCGAAAGGUGCACAUGCGCACGCACACUGGCGAGCGACCUUACGUCUGCAAAGAGGAGAACUGCGGCCGUUCCUUUGCCAGUGCCACUAACUACAAGAAUCACAUACGCAUUCACACAGGCGAGAAGCCAUACGUGUGCUUGGUGGCAUCCUGCGGUAAGCGCUUCACCGAAUACUCGUCCCUGUACAAGCACCACGUGGUGCACACACACAGCAAGCCGUACAUGUGCAACCUGUGCGGCAAGAACUACCGGCAGACCUCCACUCUGGCCAUGCACAAGCGGACAGCCCAUGGCUUGCUCAUGGACGACCCCCGCCUUGAACUGGGUGUGGAAGAAGAGCUGGAAGCAGACCUGGAUGAAGCAGAAACUAUCCAAGACGUAGAGGUCAUGCACGAGCCAAAGCCAGCUGGAAGACGCCGUAGGGCGGCGAACAUGUCUAGCACGGCUACCACUACGACAACCUUGGUGGUGCAGCAGGCGGGUGGUGCAGCUGGCGACACCCUGCGCCUCUCGUUCGACCCCCAGACAUUACAGGAGGAAGGCACACUAGUACAGACACCAUCCGGCCAGCAAAUCUUGCUCGUGGCUAACCCUGCUCAGCUGCUGGCACUGCAGCAGUUGGCACUUCAACAAGACCAAGCCUUGACUGCAUCCGAAGAGCAACAGGACAGUGUCCUCGGAGGGGACGAUGUCAUCGCUACGGCCUCCAUGUCCGACCACUGAGCAUUGGCAUGCCUUCAUCUGUGUUCAUCACCAAUGUUCAUUGUUUCCUUCCUUCUUUCUUAUUUUUUUUUUUUUUCUUUGUACAUAUAAUGAGGCAUUACAGCAUCCACUGGCACUAGUUACUAAAUGUAAGGGAUUUUGAGACAAUGUCACAAUUUUUCGUUGACCAAUGUUUAUAGCAGAAGUGGUGUAGUAAUUGUUGUUUGUUAUCUAAAGCUCAUCAACUUUUUACAGAACUUUGGUGGAGAUAUUGCAAACAUGGAAUUCAAGGUGGUCGAUAUGAAAGCACAUCCACUCGGUAGGAAUUUGGAGAUUAUCACCAGUUUCAUGAUAUCUAUCCCUAAACUCAUUGCAGAAUGUAUUGGCUUUCUACCUAUAAUUUGCCCUACAAAACCUUCCUUGGGAUUGCUGAACAAUGUGGAACAUCGGUAUGUUUCACCACUGGUCUAGCAACAGGUAUGCCAAAACUGGUGAUAGUCUCAGGAUUGCUGCUAAGUGAACAUGCGUGGAUCACUGACCAGCCUGAAUUCCAUAGUUGUUGAAUGUUCACUAAUGUUUUUACUUUAAAGGUCUGUAUAUAAGUGAUGCUUUGCUAAUUAAUGAAUUGUUGUCUACUCAGUUUCUGGUGUAAGUCACCACUAGGAAUUUUGGAUCACAAGAAUGAUCAUCUCACGUCAAAUUUCCUUCUGUAAUUAAAGAAAGUCACCUUAUGAACUCGUCAAAUGUAAAUCAGUGUACAGGAUAAUAAAAAUGCCUUUGAGCGCACAAACUAAUGUAUGACUGUGAAAGAUAGAUUGAAUGAGUCACUUUUUGUUUUGUAUAAAAAUGCCGAGACAUUGUUAAUGCUGUGCAUCAGAAGUUGUCUCAGAGUGUAGAAAUAAAGGAUAUAGCUAAUGUGUA